AUGACUUUCUUUCUUCUGUUUAUAAUUGUAAUAGAUGUUGGACACUUUGACUCCAAGUAUGUUAUACAGAAACGCAGUGAUUUUUUACAAAAGGCAAAACUAUGUGUUCGAAGAAUUGUGGAGAGGAGGAUAUUUACCAGUGGUAAAGAUGAAAUUGGGUUGAUUGUACUUGGUUCUGACAAGACGCAGAAUCCACUUGAUUACCCAAAUGUGAGUGUGGAAUUUCCUCUUGCACUGCCUACAUGGCAGAUGAUAUCCUUUGUGGAGAAAUCUUUACAUGAAAGUGAAAUAAAAACAGAUUGGAUAGAUGGUGUUGUUGUUAGCAUGCAAGUCUUGAAAGAUGAGCUAGACUCAAUAAUUAAGGAGAAAAUAAAAGAUCUCGAAAGUGUCUUAAUGACAACCGAUGGGCUCAUGUUGACAAGACAGCUGGUUGCCUUGCAGAGAGCAGGGCUUGACGGUCUGAACAUCAGCUUAGACACCCUGCAGUCCCAACGCUACAACCAGAUCACGAGGAGGAAAGGCUGGGAGCGUGUCAUGGCUGGCAUAGAUCUAGCCUUGCAACUUGAAUACGACCCUGUGAAGAUAAAUUGUGUUGUAAUGCGAGGUUUUAAUGAAGAUGAAGUGUGCAGUUUUGUGGAGUUAACAAAAGAGAAAAAUGUUGAUGUAAGAUUUAUUGAGUACAUGCCUUUCAGCGGCAACAAAUGGAAUGAUGGGAAGAUGGUCUCAUUUAAUGAAAUGCUCCAAAUAAUUAGAAAGCAGUGGCCUAAUUUUGAUCCUCUUCCCAAUGGGCCCAAUGAUACCUCAAAGCUAUUUUCUUACAAUUUCUUUUUGACGGCAUACCAUGUCCCGGGCUUCAAGGGAUGUGUGGGAUUUAUUACCUCAAUGAGUGAACACUUCUGUGGCACGUGCAACCGUUUACGGAUAACAGCUGAUGGCAAUUUGGAGGUGUGUCUCUUUGGGAAUUCAGAGAUAUCUCUCAGAGAUGCAAUACGAAGCAAAUGCAGUGAGGAUGACUUGCUUGCCAUGAUUGGGGCAGGAGUGAGUAGAAAGAAGAAACAACAUGCAGGCAUGAUGAACCUGUCAAAGAUGAAGAAUCGGCCAAUGAUUCUUAUUGGAGGAUAA